GGCCGCCGCCCAAAUCUGGACUCUGCCAUUGUUUUCAUCGCUCUCAAUUCCCCAACCCCCAUACAGGAGCACGCCACAAUGCCCGGCGAAGUGUCUGAGAAUGGCGUUUCGAGCCCCGUCUCUACGAAGUUGAACAAUCUGACCCUGACUGAGUCAACGUCCAUCCCUACUCCCACUUCGGAAAAGGACGACCCCACGGAGACUCCGGCAUACGACUGGGGCAUCCCUGAUGAUUUUCUACUUCCCAAUGGAACACCAGACUACCUUCGAUUGAUCUUGACGUCCCGUGUCUACGACAUCAUCGACGAGACCCCCCUCCAUCAUGCAGUCAACCUCAGCAACCGCCUGGAAUGUCGGGUGCUGCUGAAGAGAGAGGACCUGCUUCCCGUGUUCAGCUUCAAGCUCCGUGGAGCCUAUAACAAGAUGGCGCAUCUGACUCAUGAGCAGCGGUGGAAAGGGGUCAUUGCAUGCUCCGCAGGAAACCAUGCCCAAGGUGUCGCUUACUCCGCUCGUAAACUGAAGAUCCCGGCCACCAUUGUUAUGCCAUCGGGCACCCCCGCCAUCAAACACUUGAACGUUGCGCGCCUGGGCGGAAGCGUGGUCCUCCACGGUGACGACUUUGAUGCCGCCAAGGAAGAGGCGCAUCGCCUGCAGCUGCAGCAUGGACUUACGAGCAUCCCUCCUUUCGACGACCCGUAUGUUAUUGCCGGCCAGGGAACCAUCGGCAUGGAGAUACUGCGUCAGGCCAAUCUGCAGAAGCUCGAGGCUAUCUUCUGUGCUGUUGGCGGAGGAGGCUUGAUUGCCGGCAUUGGUGUCUAUAUGAAGCGCAUCGCGCCGCAUGUGAAGAUCAUCGGUGUGGAGGCUCGCGACGCCAACGCCAUGGCCCAGUCGCUCGACUAUGGCUCACGCGUCAACCUCAAGGAAGUGGGACUCUUCGCCGAUGGCGCUGCCGUCAAGUCCGUUGGAGAAGAAAACUACCGGUUGGCUCGCGAAGUCAUUGACGAGGUUAUUCAGGUCACCACCGACGAGACCUGCGCCGCCAUCAAGGAUGCGUUCGAGGACACGCGGUCCAUCAUUGAACCGGCUGGCGCCCUGGCCCUGGCGGGUCUGAAGAAGUACGCUCAGAUGUAUCCCAGCCCCGACAUCAACAGAGAGUUGUGCGCCAUUGCUUCUGGCGCCAACAUGGACUUUGACCGUCUUCGUUUUGUCGCGGAGCGGGCUGCUCUAGGAGAGCGGAAAGAAGCGCUCCUGAGCGUUAAGAUCCCAGAGAAGCCGGGCGCUUUUGCCAAGCUCGUCGAGGUGGUUCUUCCUCACGGAGUAACUGCCUUCAGCUACCGUUAUGCUCAGGACUCUUCGGCCGACGUUCUGAUGGGCAUCUCCUUGUCCGCUUCGACUGGUCGCGACGAUUUGAUCAAGAUUAUCAACCAAUUGGCCAGAGGUGGCAUGGAAGCGAAGGACCUCAGUGACGACGAACUUGCUAAGCGGCACUUGCGCUUCUUGGUCGGCGGUCGCAGCAAUGUGACGGAUGAGCGGUUAUUCAUGUUCGAGUUCCCAGAGCGCCCCGGUGCUCUCGCCAGGUUCUUGACUACCCUCCGUCCCAACCAGAACAUCUCCCUAUUCCACUACCGGAACUAUGGCGGUGAUGUCGGAAAGGUGCUUGCUGGAAUCCAGUGCCCCGAGGGCGAGAAGGACGACCUGGAGGCUUUCCUCGCCGAUCUGGGCUAUCCCUUCAGCGAACAUACCGACUCCCCGACUUACAACACUUUCCUCCGUUCGUAGCGAGAUCCUGGUUUUUUUUCUGUGCCUGCUUUUCGUGGCAAAGUUUUAGAAAACUCGUGGUUGUCUCAAGUUGUUCGGGCGUUCUUAUUGGGCAUAAGAGUUAUAGAUCGUGUACCUAGUUAUGUUAAGAAGCUUUUCGUAUAUAUUUAAUGCAGCAUGAU